UCUAUAUCGCAAGCAUCUUGGAGUUGGUUCUGCAAGCAUUGGGAAAUAUUGAAGUUGGGGAAAGUCUUCCUUGGGCUCUCGAGCAUCAAGUCUUUGCUUCGGUUGACGAAAAAGGCGCUGAAUUAUCAAUGGGAAGGUCUGAUCUGAACUUUGACUAUCGGAAGAAACACAUAAGCUCUCGGAUGUUAGAUGCAGGUGAAACCGGGCGUAUGCACUCUCUCGAUUUGUCAACUCUCUUCAAUGACACCAGUGAAACUGUGCCAAUGGGUCCAAAGACUGUCGCCGCAGUAAGAGCAGGUGAUGAAACUUACGUGAGAGAUAUGAAAAUGGAUGUUAGCCUUGCUCUAAGUACAGUGAACGAUCAUGGGAAUACAAUGCUUCAUCUUGCUGCGGCCGCGGGUCACACCAGCUUAGUGUGUUAUAUACUCUAUGCGUACCCAGGUCUGCUUAUGAAGUCAAAUUCGAUGGGCGAAGUUGCUCUCCAUGUUGCAGCAGGUGCAGGCCAUCUCGCUGUUGUUGAGGCUCUGGUUAGUUUUAUUAAAGAUUUAUCUUCUUAUAAGCCUCGUGUUGCCAAAAAGAUAUACUUUGUCAAGGACAGACACCAAGACAAUGCUUUACAUGUUGCCUUAAAAAGAAAACAUGUGAAGGUGGCUUCCUGUUUGGUCUCUGCGGAGCAAUGUUUGUCUUUUGUAGCAAACAACGACGGGUUUUCUCCCUUGUAUUUAGCUGUUGAAGCUGGACAGGCUGAUCUUGCAAAACAAAUGUGGCAACAUUCAAAUAAUGGAUCAAGUAGCACAUCUACUUUAGCUUCAAAGAUUGGAGGAAGAUCCAUAGUACACGGGGCGAUGAAGGCUAGGAGAAAAGAUAUCCUUGAGGCUAUACUUAGUGAAGAUGCAAGUCUUAUUAACUUUAGAGAUGAAGGAAGGACUUGUUUUUCUUUUGGAGCAUCCUUAGGGUAUUAUGAAGGGUUUUGCUAUCUGUUAGACAAAGCUCUAGACAGUGUUUAUGUCAGCGAUGAUGAUGGGUCCUUUCCAAUUCAUAAUGCCGUGAAGUAUGGUCAUGUCAAAAUUCUCAAGGCAAUUCUUAAACGUUGUCCAGACGCACUUGAGUUGCUAGACAGAGACAAUCAAAAUGUUCUUCAUGUUGCAGCCAAGAAUGGAAAACUCGAAGUCCUCAAGUUUAUCCUAAGAUGUUGUAAGCAUAAGAACAAUGAAAAGUUGAUUAAUGAAGAAGAUGCGAAUGGAAACACACCAUUGCAUUUGGCCACCAAAAACUGGCACCCUAAAGUUGUGAGUAUGCUCACUUGGGACAACAGAGUUGACCUGAAAACGCUGAACCAUAACGGUCUCACAGCUCUAGAUGUCGCCGAGGAAAACAUGGAUUCCAGCUACACAUUUUUUGAGAGGUUGACUUGGAUAGCUUUGAUAUCUGCCGGUGCACCAAGAGGUCCCAAAUUGAUAAUAUCAACUCCAGUAACACAAAAUCCAGAUGGUGGGAAGUACAAAGAUCGGGUCAAUACACUUCUGUUAGUGGCCACUCUUGUAGCCACUAUGACCUUCACUGCAGGGUUUACACUACCAGGGGGUUACAAUGGUUCUGUUCCCAACUUGGGAAUGGCAACAUUGGCAAAGAAAACAGCGUUCCAAGUGUUUCUGGUAUUCGACACCUUGGCGAUGUACUGUUCUAUCAUAACAAUAGUUGCUCUCAUUUGGGCGCAACUGGGCGAUCUUUCUCUCAUAAUGAAAGCUUUCAACCUUGCUUUGCCACUUCUCGGACUUGCGCUUAUAUCCAUGUCGAUAGCUUUUAUGGCUGGCACGUAUGCUGCAGUAAGCCACCUCCCAUUGCUUGCCUAUUUCAUAUUGGGCAUCGGCUUGAUCUUCCUCUUGGUUUUGCUGCUGAUCAUUAUUCCAUAUGUGUCUCCACAUUCUCCUACCCAACCCUUUCUUAGACACAUUUUUUACUGCCCCUAUUUCCUUAUGCUAUUGGCCGCUGGUGACAACAGAAACAAGUACUGAAAGUAUCCGAGGUAAAUCACUACUCAGCUUUUUGUUUUACAAAAAAAAAAUGUGUCAUGUAAGUUGCGUCAGAUGUAUUAAAUAAACGUGAGAAUUUUGCAUUUUCGCCGGCUUAUACUUGGUUUUGAGGCAGCCUCUAUGAUUUUGGCUUGCCCUGCUUUCUAAUCUUGAGCUCUGUUUUUUA